CUCCUUAGUUCAACAUCAACAAAUUUCAGCUUUCGGCACACCACACAACCACAACCACACGUGUGUUUUGAGUGGAACUGUGUACACUGCAUCUUUAGUCCUAUUAAAAUCCACGAUAGUGAAAGGAUGUCGACGGCUAGCAAGAUUUUCGUGCCGAACAGGGCACUGGGCUUCGUCAGCAAUCACAUUCCACUGGAAACUCGUUACAUCGAGCGCAGAAAAGAGAGCGUUAUCGUAACUUGCGUCGGCCGGCAUUUCCACACUUAUGGGGCCUUCCACUUUACACUGCUCAACAUCAGUGGCGAGCACAAGGAAGACAUCACCGCGCUCGCUUGUGACAAAUAUCAAGUAUUCUCUGCUGCAGGCAACGAGAUUUUAGCAUGGCGAGGAGGCACCCAUAUCAAGCACAAAUACCUGGGUCACAAUCUUCCUGUGCACUUGCUGCUACCGUUUGGGGCUCACCUGGUCUCAGUUGACGAGGGCAGCUGCCUCAAAGUGUGGCACGUCGAUGCUGAGGAGCUGUACACGGAAGUGCAGUUUGAUCCAGCUUCUUUUGAAGUGUCGGCUUUAAUGCAUCCGUAUACCUACACAAAUAAGGUUUUGCUUGGAAGCCGUCAGGGCUCAUUGCAGCUUUGGAACCUGCACAGUAGAAAGCUCAUUUUUGAGUUUUCUGGCUGGGGCUCUGGAGUAUCAGUGAUUGAACAAGCACCUGUACAAGAUGUUGUGGCUAUUGGACUUGUAGACGGAAGAAUUAUUGUUCACAAUCUUAAGUUUGACCACACUGUUAUAGAUUUUGCUCAGGAUUGGGGACAGGUGACAUCAAUUUCGUUCAGGAAAGAUGGUCCACCUUUAAUGUGUUCCGGCACCAACGCAGGCCACAUAAUUGUUUGGGAUUUGGAAAAGAAAGAAAACGUGGACCAGAUUUGGAAUGCCCAUUACGGCCCUGUCACAGGUCUCAAGUGUCUUCCAUCAGAACCCCUGCUGCUCUCCUCUUCUCCAGACAACUCGUUGAAGAUGUGGGUAUUCGAUAUGGCAGAUGGAGGUGGUCGACUCUUGAAAAUUCGGGAGGGCCAUUCUUUACCACCGACUUACAUCUCUUUCCGUCAAAGAGACCAGAUCUUUGUAGCUGGUGCGGAUUCAACCCUUAAAGUAUUCAGCACCGUCACAGAAACUAAAAACCACAGCUAUGGCAGGGCUGUUCACAACAAAAAAGCUUUUAAACGGAUGAAAAACAAACGUAGUCCAGAUGCUCCUCUAGUGAUGCCUCCAAUAAUGGAAUUGGCGUACGAAACAACUAGAGAAAAAGAUUGGGACAAUAUUUGUGCCUUGCACCGAGGACUGGCAGAAGUAACAACGUGGUCCAGCGACAAGGGAUGCAUGGGCGAUCACAAACUCCUACAUAGCAGGUUUAAGGAGAAUCCAGCAUUUCAUUCUGCAGUGGCGUCUAGCGUUUGUCUCACGCUAUGUGGCAAUUUUGUCCUCAUAGGCUACAGCUCAGGACAUGUGGACAGAUUCAACGUUCAGUCAGGUGCUCACAGGUGCGAAUACAAGUUGCCAAAGGGGAAACCUGCGCACAAGGGAGCCGUGCGAGGCAUUGCCACUGAAGGACUGAACCAGACCGUCUUGACAGGAGGAGCGGACGCAUAUGUCCGCUUUUGGAACUUUUCUGAAGGAAAGACACUGGGCAAACUGCCACUGAAACAGGCUGUGGCAUUUUUCUGCCAAAACAAGAACAGCUCGCUCAUUGGUGUUGCAUUGGAUGACAACGCUGUCUGCGUUUUGGACAUGCACUCAAAAAAUAUCAUUAGAAGACUUCCUAACCAUCAUUCUCGUUUGACCAGUAUGGUUUUCAGCCAGGAUGCCAGGUGGAUUUUGACUUCCACAACUGAUUGCAAGAUUCGUACCUGGGAUGUGCCAUCAGCCAACUUGAUCGACAUUUUCCAGGUUCCGCUCCCUGUGACUCGGAUGGCCCUGAACCCAACUGGCGAGAUUUUGGCAACCGCACAUGCCGACUCGCUGGGUGUCUACCUGUGGUUCAACAAGGCCAUCCACAUGCACGUGUCCCUGCGGCCUCUGCCAUUGGACUUUGAACCUGAACUUUUGGAGCUACCAAGCCAGGGCUUCAACGAGGUUGAGAUCCUGGACACUAAUCUGGAGGAAAUGGAGCUGUCAGAAGACAUGUACCAGUCCCCUGAGCAGAUCAGUGAGGAGCUGAUCACCAUGUCCACGCUGUCUACCGCCAGGUGGGUCAACGUGCUCGACCUGGACGUGAUCAGGCGGCGCAACAAGCCGAAAGAGGCGCCCAAAGCGCCGAUCGCGGCUCCGUUCUUCCUCCCCACCAUCCCCUCCCUGGAAUACAAGUUUGACCUGCGGCCCACCUUGGAUGAGCAGCAGCAGGAGCCAGCCCUCAAAGCAGUCUCGGACCUGAGCCGACUGGCCAAGAUGCUUAGCGAGGCGCAGAAUGAAGAGUCUUUAGUCGCAUUCUUGAAAACGUUGGGACCCUCAACGCUUGACUCAGAGGUCUUGAACUUGACAAGCUCGGGUGAGUCUGUCGAACCAUUGAAUAAAUUCUUGGACCUUGUCCUGUUCGUGAUGAAUCGGAAGAAGGAGUUUGAACUGUCCCAAAUGUACUUGGCACUAGUGCUUAAGCACCAUGGUGAUCAGUGCAUUGUAGACACUGCGCUUGCUGCCAAGUUGGAGAGUGUGAAGGAAAUCCAAAAAACUGAGUGGUCAUCUCUGGAGAAGCACAUUCUCUAUUGCAAAAGUGUCGUUCACGCUCUGAAGAGGUUAUAAAAGAAAUAAAUGUUUCGCAAGUUUUUAAUAA